UGGAGGGGCGCGAGGGCUGGCCCCGGAGCUGCGCGCUGGGCCCAGGAGGGUGAGCCCUUGCACGGGUCUAACCUAGGGCCCUGCGAACGGCCACCUGCAGCUCGCCCUGAGGUUGCCGCAUCUUGAGCGCUCAGGGAUCUGGGGACACCCGUCUGGGGGCGGGGGCCGCGCUGCGGAGCCGCCCACGCCGCGCUCCAGGAGCUGGAGUCAGCAGGAUGGGUAUUGGGACAUGCUGAUCUCCCCUUGAAACAGCCAGCAGGCGUCCUGGUCAUGGAGGACUGCAACGUGCACUCAGCCGCCAGCAUCCUGGCCUCGGUGAAGGAGCAGGAGGCUCGCUUCGAGCGGCUGACAUGGGCGCUAGAGCAGGAGCGGCGCCAUGUUGCCCUGCAGCUGGAGCGCGCCCAGCAGCCUGGUGUGGGCAGUGGUGGCGUGGGCAGUGUGCAGCCCCUGCCGAUGGCCUGGCAACAGCUGGUCUUGCAGGAGCAGAGCCCAGGCAGCCAGGUCUCACUGGCCACGAUGCCGGAGGCGCCUGAGGUGCUGGAGGAGACAGUGACAGUGGAGGAGGACCCUGGCACACCCACUUCCCAUGUGUCCGUUGUCAUGUCAGAAGAUGGCACCACAAGGCGCACGGAGACCAAGGUCACCAAGACGGUCAAGACGGUGACUACGCGAACAGUGCGCCAGGUGCCUAUGGGCCCAGAUGGCCUCCCCCUGCUGGAUGGUGCCCCCCCACUAGGGCACUUUGCUGAUGGCCCCCUGGACCGACACUUCCUGCUGCGUGGAGGUGGCCCGGCUGCCACGCUCUCUCGAACCUACCUCAGCAGUGGGGUUGGCUUUCCUGACAGCCCUGAGCCCCGUGACAUCCCCAGCUAUGGCAGCCUGUCCCGGGGGCUGGGUGUGCGGCCCCCUCGUGGUGGCCCCCUUGGCCCAGGCCCUGGCGAUGGCUGCUUCACACUGCCUGGCCGCCGUGAAGCCUUCACCGAGGGCCCUGACCCUGUGCCGCCGGCCGGGCGCUCCCAGCCUGAGCGCUUCCAGGCAGAGCCCUAUGGCUUGGAGGACGACACACGCAGCCUGGCUGCCGAUGACGGGGGUGGCCCAGAGCUGGAGGCUGACUAUGGCACGGCCGCAAGGAGGAGGCCUGACUGUGGGCGGGGCCUUCGCACUAGGGCCUAUGAGGACGUGGCAGAUGAUAGCGGUGAGAUGAUGGAAGAGAGGCCCCCAUUCCCAGCCACGACAGCACCCCUGGCCCAGCCAGAGCGGGGCAGCCUGGGCAGCCUGGACCGGGUGGUGCGGCACUCGCCCUCUGUCGACAGUGCCCGUAAGGAGCCACGUUGGCGGGACCCUGAGCUGCCUGAGGUACUGGCCAUGCUGCGGCAUCCCGUGGACCCCGUGAAGGCCAAUGCAGCUGCCUACCUGCAGCACCUGUGCUUUGAGAAUGAGGGUGUCAAGCGGCGUGUGAGGCAGCUGCGGGGACUGCCGCUGCUUGUGGCUCUGCUGGACCACCCGAGGGCAGAGGUGCGGCGCCGGGCCUGUGGGGCACUGCGAAACCUUUCUUACGGCCGAGACACCGACAACAAGGCUGCCAUCCGGGACUGCGGCGGUGUGCCCGCCCUGGUGCGCCUGCUGCGGGCUGCCCGGGACAAUGAGGUCCGAGAGCUUGUCACAGGCACGCUCUGGAACCUGUCAUCCUACGAGCCCCUGAAGAUGGUCAUCAUUGACCAUGGCCUACAGACACUGACUCACGAGGUCAUUGUGCCCCACUCGGGCUGGGAGCGAGAGCCCAAUGAGGACUCCAAGCCACGGGAUGCCGAGUGGACGACUGUCUUCAAGAACACAUCAGGCUGCUUGAGGAACGUGAGCUCGGAUGGCGCAGAGGCCCGGCGGCGACUUCGGGAGUGUGAAGGGCUGGUGGACGCGCUUCUGCAUGCCCUUCAGUCAGCCGUGGGCAGGAAGGACACAGACAACAAGUCGGUGGAGAACUGCGUAUGCAUCAUGCGGAACCUAUCCUACCACGUGCACAAGGAGGUGCCCGGGGCCGACAGGUACCAGGAGGCCGAGCCCGGGCCCCUGGGCAGUACUGCAGGCUCCCAGCACCGGAGGCGGGAUGACGCUGGCUGCUUCGGUGGCAAGAAGGCCAAAGAGGACUGGUUCCAUCAAGGGAAGAAGGACGGUGAGAUGGACCGAAACUUCGACACGCUGGACCUGCCCAAGAGAACUGAGGCAGCCAAAGGCUUUGAGUUGCUGUACCAGCCCGAGGUGGUACGUCUCUACCUCUCCCUCCUCACGGAGAGCCGGAACUUCAACACCCUGGAGGCUGCAGCCGGUGCCCUACAGAACCUCAGUGCUGGCAACUGGAUGUGGGCCACGUACAUUCGCGCCACGGUGCGCAAGGAGCGCGGUCUGCCAGUGCUGGUGGAGCUGCUGCAGUCCGAGACCGACAAGGUGGUACGCGCUGUCGCCAUCGCCUUGCGGAACCUUUCGCUGGACCGACGCAACAAGGACCUCAUUGGGAGCUACGCCAUGGCCGAGCUGGUGCGGAACGUGCGCAACGCACAGGCUCCAGCGCGACCGGGGGCCCACUUGGAGGAGGACACGGUGGUGGCCGUGCUCAACACCAUCCACGAGAUCGUGUCGGACAGCCUGGACAAUGCACGCUCGCUGCUGCAGGCCCGUGGCGUGCCAGCGCUGGUGGCCCUUGGUGCCUCCAGCCAAUCAGUGCGAGAGGCGAAGGCUGCGUCCCACGUGCUGCAGACAGUGUGGAGCUACAAGGAGCUGCGUGGCGCCCUGCAGAGGGAUGGCUGGACCAAGGCGCGCUUCCAGUCGGCCACUGCUAAUGCCAAGGGGCCCAAGGCAGCACUGAGUUCUGGAGGCUUUGACGACAGCACGCUGCCGCUGGUGGACAAGAGCCUCGACGGUGAGAAGCCAGGCAGCCGGGAUGUGAUCCCCAUGGAGGCCCUUGGCCCAGAUGGGUGCUCCCCAGUGGACCAGAGGGAGUGGAGGCCUCGAGGCAGCGCCCCUGCAGGGGACGUCUCUGAGAAGGAACCUUUAAAACCUGACCCCAGCAGGAAGGCUCCUCCGGGGCCCAGCAGGCCCGCGGUCAGGCUGGUGGACGCUGUGGGGGACGCUAAGCCUCAGCCCGUUGACUCCUGGGUCUAGCUUGCAUGCCUGGGCCUGGGCCCAGCCUUUCAUUCUUAGGGAUCUGAUCUUGGGAAGAAGGGAACUCCAGGGCCGGCCUGCACAGACCCAGCGUGGAGCUUGGAGCCCCCUGGCUGCAGGGGUUGGCAGCACCUCUGCGCCAGAUCCAAGGCUGGACUUGAAAGGACCUGCCUACCUUCCCGCCCCUGGCUCCCUCCCCCCUAACUCCCUAGGCAGAGUUAGCUGU